CUCCGCUUGCUCCCAUGCUGCUGCCUCGCGCCGUCGCCGCCGCCGCCGCCGCGGCGGCGGCGCCGCUGCUGCUGCUGCUAGCGCUCUCCGCUACCGUGGCCGUCGCGGCACCCGACGGCCACCUCGUCGCCCGCCUCCCGGGCUUCCGCGGCGCCCUCCCCUCCAACCACUACUCCGGGUACGUGACGGUGGACGAGGCGCGGGGAAGGCGGCUGUUCUACUACCUGGUGGAGUCGGAGCGCGACCCGACCGCCGACCCCGUCGUGCUCUGGCUCAACGGCGGGCCCGGCUGCUCCAGCUUCGACGGCUUCGUCUACGAGAACGGGCCCUUCGGCUUCGGCCGCGCCGCCCGCCCGGGAGGCGGAGGCCUCCCCGAUCUGGAGCUCAACCCCUACACCUGGUCCAAGGUUUCCAACAUGGUGUACCUUGACUCCCCUGCUGGUGUUGGGAUGUCAUACUCGUUGAAUAAAUCAGAUUAUACGACAGGUGACCUAAAAACAGCAGCUGAUGCACACACCUUCCUUCUCAAGUGGUUUGAGUUAUACCCAGAGUUUCAGUCGAAUCCAUUCUACAUUUCGGGAGAAUCAUACGCCGGAAUCUACAUUCCAACACUAGCUGAUGAAGUUGUGAAAGGGAUAGAGAAGAAUCUGAAGCCAAGAAUCAAUCUGAAGGGAUAUCUAAUUGGCAAUGGAGCAACUGAUCACGAACACGAUUUCAACUCGUUUGUGCCGUUUGCGCAUGGGAUGGGUCUCAUUUCAAGCGAAUUGUUUGAGGGUGUAAGUACUGCUUGCCAUGGUACAUUUUGGGGCAAUGUUAGUGAAUUGUGCCAACAAAAGAUAGACAAAGUAGAUUGGGAACUGAAGGAUCUGAACAAGUACAACAUCCUUGCUCCCUGCUACCAUCAUCCUGAAAUUCAAGAGCUAGAGUUCAAGAACAGCAGCCUGCCGUCAAGCUUUAGAAAGCUAGGUGAAACAGAGAGGCGAUUUCCAGUGCGAAAGCGAAUGGCUGGCCGCUCUUGGCCUCUCCGUGCUGCUAUAACCGAUGGACGCAUGACGAUGUGGCCUGAGCUUGGUGGUAGAUCACUCCCCUGCACGAGCGAUGAACUGGCUAAUGCAUGGCUGGAUGAUGAAGAUGUAAGAGCUGCCAUUCACGCCGAACCGAAAAGCUUAAUUGGGUCAUGGGAACUGUACACUGCAAGAAUAGACUACUACCAUGAUAGUGGAAGCAGCAUGGUGAAGUACCACAAGAAGUUCACAGCAAUGGGAUAUCGCGUACUUAUUUACAGUGGAGAUCAUGAUCUCUGUAUCCCCUACGUCGGAACGGAAGCAUGGAUCAGAUCCAUGGGCUACCGAGUAAUUGAUUCUUGGCGGCCAUGGUACUUUGGCGAGCAAGUCGCAGGAUAUACAGAAGGUUAUGAGCACAAUCUCACUUUCCUCACCAUAAAGGGAGCUGGACACACUGUCCCGGAGUACAAGCCCAAGGAGACACUGGAGUUCUACACCCGCUGGUUGUCCGGAGAGAAGAUUUGACACUAAAUCAGUGAACCUGCUCGCCGUGACAGUUUUGAGCCCCAAAAUACCCCCAAAAAAAUAUGUAAUCUGUAAUCAGUAUAAACAAGCCUGUUUAUCUGUAAUAUGUACUGCCGUCACAUUGAAGAUCUCAA